UCAGGAAGGAAAUGUGAAAUCUCAGAUUUACUCCGCAAUAGCUUGCUAGCCACUUAGCUACGUCGUCGCUGCGAUUAAUAUUCAGCCAUGUACUGGUGUAAUAUUUGGGAAAAAAUCCUUAUUUUUUAUUUGCCAUUUUUAGGAAAUGCAGUUUAUUCCAAAGCAAAGGUCGGGCCGAAAGUAACGGAUAAGGUGUUUUUUGACAUCACAGUGGGAGGACAUGAGGUUGGCAGGAUUGUGAUUGGGCUGUUUGGAGAGGUUGUCCCUUUAACGGUGAAGAACUUUGUUGCGCUUGCCACUGGGGAGAAAGGAUAUGGUUACAAGGACAGCAAGUUCCAUCGUGUCAUUAAAGAUUUCAUGAUUCAAGGAGGUGACUUCACAGCCGGAGACGGAACAGGAGGCAAGAGCAUCUAUGGUAAGACGUUUGCAGAUGAGAACUUUAAGCUGAAGCACCAGGGCACAGGCUGGGUCAGCAUGGCUAAUGCAGGUGCCGAUACCAACAGCUCACAAUUCUUCAUCACUUUAGCGAGAGCUCCCUGGCUGGAUGGCAAGCAUGUUGUCUUCGGCAGGGUCUUGGAAGGCAUGGCUGUAGUUCACACCAUUGAGCUCCAGGACACAAAUGACAGGAAUGUGCCCUACACAGAAUGUGUGAUAGUGAACAGUGGAAAGAUUGAGGUCAAGGAGCCCUUUGUUGUAGAAGUGGAGGGUUGGUAGUCUGGCACACCAGGCCAUCCGGGCUCUUCCUUUUAUAUGUCUCUUCUUUAUACAUCAUAAAAAAAAGGUUGGAUAUGACCUCAGUAGGACAGGGAGCAGUGAGUGGUUUGUAUAUGAUCGUGUCCAACACUAAACUGUUAGGAUGAACUAGUGAGUUAGCAUUAUCCAAGCUCUUAAAGAUAACACAUGGUAAAUUAGUAAGAGCAUCAUCAUCCUAAUACUGCAAAGUGCAACUUCAUCAUUGUGUUUAUUUAAUGUCAACAACUUGUUUGUCCCCAGACUUUAUGUUCAGUAUAUCACAUAAUAGUCAUUUAAUUAUAACGAUAAGUAAGGAUCAUGUAAUAGUCAUAUAAUUUGAUGUAUUAUCCAAAUUACAAGUUGACAGAACUUACACUGAUGCACUGAUGCCUCUAAAUUACUAAAUUAGAGUUUUUGCUGAAUAGAUAGAUGGUGGAAAGAAAAGGCUAAGUCAUCACCCUAAAAUCACUCUGGUCAUUGCCUUUUUAUGUACAAAUUCAGUAUUGUUUUAAUGUGGAUAUAUAUCUCAUUUUGGUUGGAAUUUAUAAAUGUGUGCAUAUUUUCAUCAGAAUGAAUAUCCAUGGUUGUAAAAAUUUUUAAAAUGAUAUCAAAUAGUUCAAAGGUGAAUGCUGGCUCACAACCUUUUAAGAUACAGAUGAAAUAUGUACUACAUUUUACUCUAGUGCGUUUGUUGUUUACCCUAUUGUUAAGGUUUAUAACAAAGCACAGUGGUUGGUUGGGUUGCAACACUAUAUAUUUAUAUGAUGUUUGUUAAUACAUAUAAUUUGAUCAUUAUCCUAGGAGACAUAUCACAUACUAUACAAAGGUGCCAAAUAUUUCUGCUGUAAAGUGAGUAUGUUCUAAGUAGACGUCAUUAUGCAGGACAUGGAAUUAGCAGAGCAACUUUGAAAGGAAUUUGUUCAUUACAAGAUGUUGUUAGAUGUUAACUAGAACUUGUUAACUACGGUUUCUUGGAAGUGCCAUAAACAGUUAUACUUGAAUGUCUUGAAAGUGAUGUCAAAUAGUUUAAUACAUAACAGUAUUUUUAAUACAUUUGCAAGUUUAUUGAACAUGGCUAAUGAAAUACAAAAUGCUAUACUAAAAAUGAUUUGAUUGUACAAAACAUGGGCUCACAAUUUGUUUUUCCAUAACAUCUUUUUUUCUUUUUCCUUUGAUGAUUAACAUCGUGACUAUUAUUGACAGUGGAAUUGCUUUAUUUGUUACAUUAUUUUCUAUAGAUCUCAUUUUAAAAAUAUUUUACAACCAAAUUAAAUUGUUUAAGAUGACCUUUAUUAUUGCAUGCUUUUUUUUUUACAUGUUGAGUUGUAUCAAGUUAUUCAAUUAUUAAAAAACUUCUUCCAUA